GAAAAGAGGAGGCAAAGCUCAAUAAUAAAACCACCGGAGAUUCGCUUGUACAUAUAGAAGGCAAUAACUAUUUAAAUACUCUCAUGGGGAUAGAAGAUUGUGAAAGUGGAGAUGAAGAGUGCUUGAAGAGAAGGGUUCUUGCAGAGGCUCACUUGGACUACAUUUACACUCAGCACCAUAAGCCUUGA